CAUCAUUGUGUUUUCGUGCUACACCAUUGUGUUUUCGUGCUACACCAUUGUGUUUUCAUGCUCCAUCAUUGUGUUUUCAUGCUAUACAGUAGCAUGCACACGUCUUAGGCACCAUUAGUGUUCUAGGGUCCUCAGACUUUUGCAACGAAGCACAAACUCUGCUGAACUUUGACAUUAGGGCCAGCUGGGCGUGGCCUUCAAACACAGUCCUUUUGGGAACCUUAAUGCUACUUAGCAACAUUUAGAGUACAAGCACGUGCACUUCUUGGGGGUAUUUAAACGUGUGGAAUGUUGUUUGGAGCAAAUAGUCGGCCACUGCUGUGCUGGCGGUGGUCAUGGGGUGGGGGCAGGGCAUAUGAGAGGGACACUUUCAACGCUUUUGAUCAGCAGUAAAUCACAUCAAGCAGUCAAGGGGAUGUGUCCGGAUAAAUCACUUCCUCAUCUGGUCUCAUGAGCUGGGACUGUGUUCUGGCUACCCCGGGAUGAGAGCGCUUUCGCCAGGAAAGGGGGGUUUAAUGCUCUGCUGGGGCUGCUGAGUUUUACUGGCCCACCGAGGGUGCCGCUCAGUUUCGGCCCACACAGAGCAAGAGUUCAUCAGAGUUCAGUUUAGACCUCAAGACGGAUGCCAGCCUCCCAAGAUCCCCAGGAGAAGCACCACUGAAACAUGGGAGACUAUGAUGAAGACACAGCCUUCCUGGGGCAGACUGGCCCUUACUUCUGGACCACAUUCUGCCUCCUCAACACCAUUUUUCUCUCGACCGGAUUCAACGGGCUCUACAUCCUCUUUGUCGGGGCGGCCCCCGAGCACCGUUGCCUCAUUCCGGAGGUCAACCUCACGCCGGCGUGGCAGGAGGCCAUCAUCCCGGUCACGCAGGUGAACGGCCACGAGGCACGGAGCCGGUGCAGCCGCUACAAGCUGGAAGCGGUGAGGAACCUCUCGGACAAGGGUUUCGCUCCGGGGAGAGACGUCAAUCUCACCGGGCUGGAGCAGGAGGGCUGCUUGGACGGAUGGAGCUACAGCAAAGACAUUUACCAGGCCACCAUCGUCACUGAGUGGGACCUGGUCUGUGACGACCAGUGGAAGGUUCCCUUUGCCUCCUCCACCAUGUUCGUGGGAUAUCUCCUGGGCUCGCUCAUCUCCGGCCAGCUCUCUGACAGGUUCGGAAGGAAGAAGAUUGUCUUCAUCUCUCUUGCAGCUCAGUGCCUCUCAGUCCUUUUGCAGUCCUUCUCCCAGUCGUGGAGGAUGUUCUGCAUUAUGUUCCUCUUCGUGGGAGCCUCACAGAUCUCCAUCUACGUUUCCGCAUUCGUUUUAGGAACGGAGGUGUUCAGCAAGACGCUACGUGUGAUAUUCACAACUAUGGGAGCGUUCCUCUUCUACUGCAUCGGCUACAUGAUGCUGCCAUGGAUUGCGUACGGGAUCAGAGAGUGGAGAACCUUUCUGGCUGUUCUGUCCGCCACUGGUGUGGUCUACUUCCCUCUCUGGUGGUUCAUCCCAGAGUCCCCUCGGUGGCUCAUCACCCAGGGGCGAGUGGCGGAGGCCGAGGCCAUCAUAAGAGACGCCGCGCGGAAGAACAAAAAUGAGGCGCCGCUUGUCAUCUUCAGAGGGUCUGAGUCACUGCCUCCAGGCAGAGUGUACACCAUGCUGGACGUUCUGAGGUCCAAGAACCUACGAUGCAUCACACUUAUGUGUCUGGUUUUGUGGAUGGCAAUAAACGUUGGUUAUUUCGGUUUAUCGCUGAACACCUCCAACCUCAGUGGAAACCCCUUCGUAAACUGCUUUUUAUCGGCGACUGCAGAGGUGCCCGCUUACAUCGUCUCCACGUGGCUGCUGAGGAAAUGUCCCAGGAGAGCACUUCUGUCCACCUUCCUGUUCAUCGGAGGAGGAGUUCUGCUUCUUAUCCAGUUCAUUCCCACAACCCUGGAAUAUGUGGCCUUAGCUCUGGAAAUGACUGGCAAGUUUGGCUUCACCAUGGCCUUCAGCAUCGUCUACAUCUACACGGCGGAGCUCUACCCCACCGUGCUCAGGAACGUCGGCAUGGGGAUGUGUUCCUCGGCCGCACGCAUUGGCAGCAUCACCGCUCCCUAUGUCAUUUAUUUAGGCUCUUACAACAAGGCUCUUCCGUACAUCCUCAUGGGAAGCCUCACAAUCGCCUCCUCCGUGGUCAACUUCUUUCUUCCAGAGACCCACAACAAAGACCUUCCGGAAACUUUAGACCAGAUGCAGGAAUGUCAGGGGUAUGUGGUUGCGGUUCGUCUCUUCAGGGCACAGCGGAGCAAAUGUGUCCUUUUCUGUCUGUUAGCCUUCACUUGUAUAAAUAAAAAGGUUACAGCUAACAUGAGCAAGGAAAAGGAAGUUGUGAUGGCCAUCCUAACCACGCUUUGUCUCCAGGUUGUGCAGCAGACCCAAAAGGAAGACAUUCGUUGAAAACGGGGGAAGUGGACACCCACCAAAUCAACACGAAGCCAAAUGUGAUACUGUAUAGACGCUGCAGUCUGAUUUCCAAGGGCUAGCUUGAUGCUACAAUGAUGCCUGAUUGUUCCAUUUGUGCUUGCGCUUGGAACACAUGGAUACC